ACCCGGAAUUAGAGGACCGCAGUGUGUGAACGCCAUCAACAUAAAAUAAGAAGUACAUUCUCUUCAAAUGAUGUCCUGAAUUAUAGCAUUAUUAUCGUCACCUAUACAUUUGGGUGACUUCAGUGCACACGCUGUCUGCUACAUGCUUUUUAUUUGGUCCCUAAAGCCGAGACAUUGCAAACAAGUCAACAUUAACGCCAGCUAUUUGUCUAUUUUUAACAACGUAGGCUAAAUGACUUGGGCGAAGCAUCACCUUGUGGUUUUACUCCUGUGAUUGCGCAGUGAAACUCUACUACAGACUGCAGGACCAUUCACGGACAGACGUGAGUAGUUUUAUGUGCAGUGGGGUGAAGUAAUUGGAGAAUCCCAGUGUACACCAUUCAGAAUAACUGAAGUUCUAGGUCUGUAUUUUCAUAUUACACAGUUGUCUGGUGUACUGUUUCUGCUGUGAUAAUGCAUUUUUUUAAUAAAAUAGAUUAAUUUCUGCACAUUUUAAGACAUUCUGCCUCUUCUGCUUUGAAUUUCAGACCCCACAGAGGUUGACUUGACCAACUCCUUGUGUGAAGUUUACAAAGAUGAUGGUGAAUGGUGUUUAACUUCAAAGAAGCAGACAGGUGCACGUACAACUGCAUAAUUUGGGAAUGUGGCAAAACAAAUCAGCAGCAUAAAAAAGUUGAUGCCACAAAAAAAUCCACCAUAACGGAGUUACCUGCUACAUCGGGAAGAUUAUUUUCCAACGACUGAUGUCACUCAACACCCUCCUGUGAACCACACCAGCAGUCUAAUGUCUGGGAAUUAACAAAUAUGCAGUGAUGUGGCUACAUUUGAAGAAGCUCACUCUUUGAUCUCAGCACUCAUACAUCGGAGUCCAAACAUGACCACCUUGUCUAAUAAGAUGACUGUUCGGCGGAGCACGAGAUCAGUAACAUGUAACUCGUCAAAGUUGAGGUCUCAACAAAGAAUUAAGAUGAAACCUGAGAGACUGAAACCUGAGAGACUCCAGGCAUCUGGCAGCAGUGUGGAGUAUAUAGUGGGUGAAAAUAAUGCAGAUGUUGACAUGGAAAGUGACUGUGAGAGGGAAGAGUUUUCAUCAAGCUCAGAAUCUGAUACGGAAAUUAGGACUCACUCCAAACUUGAAAACUUGUGUCCCAGUGAUCCAGAAUCAGAUGGUGGCUCCAACUCAAGUGCAACUGAUAUUUCCAGUGAAUUUCCAAAUUCUGAAGUAACUGAAACAGUGCCUCCCAGUGGUAGUAGGUCAAUUUGUACUUCAUGUGGUAGAGGACCCUUUAAGUCAAUUAAGCUCCAUCUAUGGCACUGUAGUCCUGUCCAAGUAAAAUAUCCAUGUUCAGUAUGUAAGCAGCAAUUUCUCACUGAGAAGGAUCUUAAAGAGCACUACAUGCCUCUGUAUUCCUGUAAGAUCUGUGGCCAGGUUUUCUCUCACGAAAGUUCAUACCAUCAACACCAGUGUCCCAAGGACAGCAAAUUACCUUUGGUGCUCUUCUGUUCUGAGACAAUGCCUAAAGCCUGCAAUGUAUGCAAAUCCUUUUUCACUUCUGACACAACUUUGUUAAAUCAUGUCACCAGAGUUCACACAUCAGUAGUCAGCACCAAAAUAUGCAUUAUUACUAGUCCAUCGGCAUUCACUGAUAAAAGUCUUUCCCCACAUGUCCAUGGCACCACAGUUCAGUCUGAUGUCAGGAGUCCAAAUUUAGUCAAUCACGUCAGUAAUGGAAGGAGCCAUGUUGACCAAAACUUUCCCUCAACCUACACCUCCCCUUCAGACAGACCUCCUGACACGCCUUCCACGAUGUAUGCUGCCGCAUCUGUCAAACUGGGGAAAGACGUCGAGCUUCCAACCUGUGCAUCUGCAUCUUUAUCUGUCACCUCAAGCACCACUGAUACAACUCCAGCCACAGAGGCCUCACCAGUGCCCACUAUUUUAGCCAUGUUUGAGAAUGACAGCCGUGAUGAGGCUUUGAUGAAACGUAUGAACACUAGCUGGCGUGCUAAGGUCCCUUACUCCUGCAGGCAGUGCGGUGCCAUCUUGCGGCAGCCCUCCUUCUUGAUUAUCCACCGAUACCUUCACCGAGGCCGUCGCUUUCACCAGUGCCAGUGUGGCCGAGCUUUUAAGCACCGGCUGCACCUCCUGCGACACUGUGUCCAACAUGCAGAGGCCAUAAGCUACAUUUGCGUUAGCUGUGGGGAGACUUUCAUUGGAGCAAGACAUCUAGCUGAGCACAUACAGGACAAAUCGCAAAACAAGGUUAAUUGUUCUGGGCAUACAAGGAAAUGUAAAGUUAAACAAAAGUGCAGAAUACCCUUUAUAUGUGAUUGUGGACAACAGUUUUUAAGGCCUUCUGCUUACAUAUGGCACCAACUUCAAAACUGGACAAAAAUCAACAAUUGAAAAAAAACAAAAAAACACUUGCACUUAACCACUGUUUUCACAUUCUCUUCAACCUGUUCCACACUAAAAAAAGAAGGUUUUCACUCAUCUGAUAGUCACUGUUCUGUUUAAUUUGUGUUACCAAGUCAGAUAGUCAAAGUAAAAUCAUGUCACACAGUCAUUUGUAAUGUCAGCAUGUCCUGGGUGGCUGUUGACAUGCUUUUAUCCUGUGCAAAUGUUAUUUAUUAAAAGAAGUAAGUUCCUCGUAAGUUCUUCUGACAAUGCACUGAAGUACAAAUUAAACUAAGAAACCUUUUUUUUACUGUUGAGUUGAAACACGACUCCAGUUUAUCCUCCAGAUGAAGCGCUUGUCCAGUUUGUCCAUCCUUGAUUAACCCUUCCACUAAGACAUGAUUCAGGUUGGAAAUAACAUACCACUGUUUAUGAUAGUUAAAUGUUUAGUUUUAGUUAUGACACAAUAAUAGUUUACUAUAUUAAUGUCCACUAGAUAGAGCUGUUGAGCUGUUAAGAUUCACUCACAAGUCUAAAGUAAAACGGUUCUUAGAACAGGUGUAAACUGUCAAAAUGAUUGCACCCUUCAGUGUGGCCAUUGAUAUGAGUUUCAUUUGACGUCUGUUAAGAUCAAAAGGAUUUUUACAAUUUCCAAUAAAGAUACUUAAUCUAA